AUGGAGCGGAGCCUCGCUUUCCUGCUUCUCUGCCUGGGGCUCCUGCCGCAGGGCCGCGGGCGGGGCCUGAAGGUGGAUCCCCCGGAGCCCGAGGUGGCCGUGGCGGUGGGCGAGUCGCGGCAGCUCAGCUGCUACCUGGCCUGCCCCAGCCGCUGGGCCGCCUCGGUUCAGUGGCGAGGCCUGGACACCAGCUUGGGCGCCGUGCAAUCGGCCGCGGGCAGCAGCGUCCUCAGAGUGGUCAACGCCUCGCUGUCGGCGGCGGGAACACGCGUGUGCGUGGGCUCCUGCGGGAACCUCACCUUCCAGCGCACCGUGCGGCUCCUGGUGUACGCCUUCCCGGACCAGCUGAGCGUGUCCCCAACAGCCCUGGUGCCUGGGCAGGACCAGACGGUGGUCUGCACAGCCCACAACAUCACGCCGCUGGACCCUGACUCCCUGUCCUUCUCCCUGCUCCUGGGGGACCAGGAGCUGGAGGGGGCCCAGGCCUUGGGCUGGGAGGUGGAGCCCCAGGAGGAUGAGGAUCCCCUGUUCCACGUGACGGAGCGCUGGCUGCUGCCGCCGCUGGGGGCCCUUGCCCUGCACCACCUACAAUGCCAGGCCACGAUGAGGCUGCCAGGAUUAGAGCUGAGCCGCCGCCGGGCCAUCCCAGCACCCAGCCCUGGGGAUGUCCAGCGAUCUGCAGCCCUGUGGACCGGGACCGUGGUGCUGGGGCUGCUCCUCCUGGCUUUUCUCGCCUGCCGCCUGCGGAAGCACUGCCGGUCCCUGGAUGAGGACCAUGCACCCCCAGCUUCCCUACGCUGA